AUGGCAAGGUGCUCUUGGACAGUAUUGUUUCUUCUCUCUGCCCUUUUCCUUCAGACAGAGCAGACAGUGUUUAUAUCAGCUGAUGAUGCAAACAAAGUUAUCAAGAGACAGAGGCGUGCCAGUUCCUUACUUUUGGAGGAGGUCCUCCAAGGCAGCUUGGAAAGGGAAUGCCUUGAAGAGAGAUGUACGCGUGAAGAAGCAAGAGAAGUAUUUGAAAACGAUGAAAUGCUCAAAAUGUUUUGGGAUGCCUACUAUGGGGGGGGUGGCUGCCCGAGCCCCUGCCAGCACAACGGCGUGUGCGAGGACAGCAUUCGCGGCUACACCUGCACCUGCGCCGAGGGCUACGAGGGAGAGAACUGUGCUUUCGCUAAAAAUGAAUGUCGCCACCAAGCAAAAGAAGGAUGUCACCACUUCUGCUACCCGGGAAGUAAUUCCUACCAUUGUUCCUGUGCUGAUGGCUAUGAGCUCGGGAAGGACAAAAAACAGUGCAUCGCGUUAGAUCAAUGUGCAUGUGGGAAACUUCAAGACAGUGAUAAUCUGAUGAGUGAAACCAGGAAGAAACGUGACGAGCAAUUUCCUUGGCAGGUCCUGCUGCUCAACUCAGAAGGGAAGGGCUUCUGUGGAGGAGUGCUGCUAAAAAGUAAUUUUGUAUUGACUACAGCAGAGUGUGCCCUUCUGCACAGCCAUUUUGAAAUCAGGGUUGGUACUGGGCAUAAUGGAACCAGUGGAACUGAGAAGAUAAUGCAAGUUAACGAGAAACACAUACACAUCCGGUAUGAUGAAGACACUGGUGAGAACAACAUUGCAUUACUACAACUCCAAGAGCACGUUGAGUGCAACAACCACCAGCUUCCUGUAUGCAUCCCUGAAAGAGACUUUGCAGAACACAUUUUAAUUCCAAAAUUGGCUGGUACAGUCAGUGGCUGGAGAAUGGAAGGUGAUGAACUUCAAGGUGAAAGUAAGUGCGUAAAACAAAUACUCAACAUAAGCCUCACAAACAGGCAGUUCUGUGGACACCUCCAGGAGGCCGUGGACAAACGACUGGCUGGAGGAAGCUUUUCAGCUACCGAGUAUAAGGGCACUUGGUUUCUGACUGGUAUCUUGGGAUCUUGGCCACUAGAAGACACUGACUGGGAAACAUUUCUAUUCACUAACACCGCGAGGUAUAUGAUAUGGUUUAAACAAAAAAUGAAGUAA